AACAAAGGCUACGUCAAACGUGGACGUUCUGUCUUUUCCAGUUCUUUUUCCCUCUUACUCCAUUCUUCGUCCUCUUUUUACUUUCCAUUUAUUUUUAUCCUACAGUUGCCCAGUUUGUGACACUCCCCGCAGUUCCCAAAUGGCCGACGAGACGUCAGCCCGGCGGCGCAAGCCAGCGCCAAACACCACGACGCCCCCCGAUUCGGACACGGCAGAGUCACACGAUGAGAAACCAAAGCAGCAGCAGGCUGUGUCGAAAAAGCAGAAAUCCGCACAGGAGAAGCUCGAUGAGGACGAGGCCAACAGCUCGACCGUCCUCGACAUCUUUCGCCUGCUCACGUUCCUGAUCCUCGCCUACUGCGGCCUGAGCUAUCUCAUCUCAUACGGCGAGACAUAUUCCCUGGGGCUGCCCAAUGCGCCCAAAUACUUGAAGGUGGACUGGUGGAAGAAGCAGUUGCGCGGCCCCAUCUACCUCACGCUGGACGAGCUCGCGGCCUACGACGGCAGCGAUCCUUCCAAGCCCAUCUACCUCGCCAUCAACGGCACCAUCUACGACGUGUCGUCCAACCCGGGGACGUACGGGCCCGGUGGGUCGUACCGGUUCUUCUCUGGGUGCGACGCGUCGCGGGCCUUCGUGACCGGGUGCUUCGCCGAGGACCGGACAGCCGACAUGCGCGGCGUCGAGGAAAUGUACCUGCCUCUCGACGACCCGGACGUCGACCGGCACUGGAGCGCGGCCGAGCUGGCCGAGCUCAAGAAGCAGGAGCGCGCCGCGGCCGAGAAGAAGGUGCACGACAACCUGGCGCACUGGGUCAACUUCUUCCGGAACCACCCCAAGUACGACUUUGUCGGUUACGUCAAGCGGCCCGAGGGGUGGCCCGAGACGGAGCCGAGGCGGAAGCUGUGCGACCAGGCCGCCAAGGGGCGGAAGAAGAGGGUUGUGUCGGGGAAGUAGAAGGGAGAAGAAAGCAGCAGUUCAUCCGUGCUUGGGCACUUGGCAUGUUGCAAGGAGAGGAACGCUCGUAAUAGAGCAAGUGGGGCACUUCAAAAGUAGGCUCAUUUCCCCCCCUUCUUGGCAGGGGAAGGUUUGCUGUUCUCUUUCCAGAUAACUAGACACAUCACGCAUUUUAUAUUCCGAUGCAGUAUAUGUAUGUAUCACAACAACACAACGCCCUGAGGCGGAAAGUCAGGUACCAUGUACAGCAAUCAUGAAUCCAUAGACAAGUUCACCACAGCCGUCUCCUCCGAACGGCCCUUGUCCUCAAACACCGCACAUUAUAUCCCGCUGAAGAAAAAAAGCGCAAACCCCGAACCAAACGAAAAACUGAUGCCUACUCCCCACUGACCUGCCGCUCUACAAGAGCAGGGCAACAGCGCCAGCGGCGGCGAGAGCGAACAUGCUGGGCGCGGACAGAAUGCCGGCACCGGCGACGAUACCGGUCGAUGAAGGAACGGCGCUCGUACCCGAGGCCGAGCCAGUGCCAGAGCCAGAGUCAGAGCCAGUGCCGGUGCCAGAGCCAGUGCCAGAGUCGGAGCCGGAGUCGGAGCCGGUGCCAGAACCAGAGUCUGAACCGGAACCGGAGCCGGAGCCGCCGGUGGAGCCGGUGCCAUCGCCGCCCGCGGAGCUGCCGGGAACGACGGUGGUGGCGCCGGCAGCGAGGGCCUUGUAGUUCUCGAGGGUGCGGGUUGCGUUGGCGGGUGAUUCAUUGAUGACCAUGACCAUGCCGUUUUGGCAGUGCUUGCCCUGGGCACAGUACAACCACAGCGGCUUGGUGUCGUUGAUCUGGAUGCUGUACGUCGGGUACAUGCCCUCGGCAGCGCUCGCGGCCACGGGGACGAAGCCCGAGUGGAUGCCGGUGAUGUUGCUGUGCAUGCUGACGGGCUGGCACGGCUGGUCAAACGUCGACUGCGUCACGGUGUGGUUGCCGGCCUGGAACUGGAAUUGCACCCAGUCGCCGGGCGGUACCACGAGCCUCUCGGGUGAAAAAGUCAGAUUGCCGUUGGCCGCCACCGUGACGGGCCAGACCUUCUGGGCGGAUGCCACGCUCGUCAGAGCGGCGAGAGCGAGUGCUGUGAACUGCAUCUUGAUAACUUGCGGAUGUGUGUAUCGCUGAAGAGAGCGCCUGGCCCGUUCAAAGAGUGACUUGAAACAGAUAAGAAGCGACUUGCGCUUGGAAAGAAGGACAGGACUAGCCUGUGUAGUGAGAAUUACGAGAAAUGGUGACGGGCACCGAGAGAAGAGGAAGGGGAGAAAAAAACGAGAGGGAACCUCGAACUGAUUACUACGGGCCUGAGGAGAAGGGAAGGGAUCGCUUGGCCUGGAGAUCAGGCCGGCAUGACUUAUAACUUGUUUCCGAGCAGCCCUUCCAGAGAGUGAGGGAAUGACCGAUGGUGCAGGGCAGCCUUGGUAAGGAAGGUGGAGGCGCAAGGGGUUUGCCGCCCCCAGGGGUCCAGGGUCAAGUUUGAAGCUGGUGAAACAUCG